GAGAGAGACGCAAAAAGAUAGAUUGAGAGAGUAGGAGAGAGAGCAAAAUAUAGAGACUUAGUGAGAGAGUGAGUGAAUAUUACAUUAGAUAUACACAGAAAGAAACAUAGAGAAAGAGAGAGAGAGUGAGUGUGUCUGUUUUGUAUCUAUUAUUGUCGUUGUGGCAGCGCGUCAUUCCUUCCAAAAUUCUUCGAUUCUGUCCACAUCGUCAAUUAUAUUUCUUCUCAUUAUCCACCAGAAGUCUUCAGGAGACAUCCAAGACCAUCUUUUAAUCAGCCGAUUCCUCCACAAACAACGAAAAAGCUAGAUCAACAUGGCAGUCGUCAGAUAUAUGUUACGAGGCUGUGUUCUUUUUGUCACUGGAGUCUUUUUCACACUCGUUCUCAACCUCUUACAAGUACAACGCCAGCUCUCAUUCCCACAAGAAGUCAUCACAAAUCUCUUUUCAUCUACAUGGUGGGUUCCCCCUACAUGUGGGACAGCUGCUGCCAUCAUAGGUCUAUUGUAUCCAUGUUUAGACAACAAAUUGGGUGAACCCCACACUCACAGACGAGAAUGGUCCAGUGUGAUGCGGUGUGUGGCAGUGUUUGUUGGCAUCAACCAUGCCAGUGCUAAAAUUGAUUUUGCCAACAACAUGCAACUAUCAAUGACCCUGGCUGCUAUGUCUAUAGGCCUCUGGUGGUUGUUUGAUCGAUCUCGCAGUGGUUUUGGUCUCGGUGUUGGAAUCGCAGUCCUUGCUACAUUCAUUGCUCAACUUCUCGUCUAUAACGGAGUUUACAGGUAUACAGAACCUGAUUUUUUAUUUGUAAGGUCGUGGCUACCGUGUGUCUUCUUCUCUGGUGGUGUAACAAUGGGUAACAUAGGCCGACAGCUGGCAAUGUAUGACCGGAAAGAAGAAACAAAACAGAAAGAUGAGUGAAUGCCGAGAUGACCAUAGACUGCCAGACAAGAAUAUUGGACGGGGGGGGACAGAAAAAAAAAAAGAAGAAAAAAUGACAACCACAGAAUAAUGUGAUAUAUUUUUUUGGAGAAAAAAAAAAUUUUUCUUUUUCACUCACUCUCUCUCACGGAGACUGCUAAAUCUGUGUGUGACAGGAAGAUUAACUGGACAAAACCCUGUCGACUGUAAGCACUGACUUUCGGUCUACAAAAUGUAAGGUCAGGAGGUCACUUUCUGACCUUAUGUGGGAAACAUGAAGAAGAAAAAACAACGCAACCAAAAAACAAAGACUGAAGAAAAAUAACUUGCAAAUUCUCCUCUCUCGCUUUCUUUGAUUCCACAUACAAACAUAUUUCCAUAUAUAUAGAUCAUACAUGCAUAUAUAUACAUACAUACAUACAUACAUAUAUAUAUAUAUAUAUAUAUAUAUAUAUAUCAUACAUAUAGUAUGUGUUAUAUAUUAUAUACAUGCACACACAAACACACAUAUAUAUAUAUGUAUGUAUAUGUUAUACAUAUAGUAUGUGUUAUGUAUUACACAUGCACACACACACAAACACAUAUAUUGUAAAUAAUGCAUACGUUUUGAUGGUGGUACAUCAUCAGAGCCUUGGUUGGGAGGCUAAAUCUGGACUGCAGGAAGAAUGUGUACAUGCGUGUGUGUGUGUGUGUGUAUGUGUAUAUAUGUUAGUAUGUGCGUGUGUGUGUGUUUGCGUGUAUGUAUGUGUAUAUAUGUUAGUAUGUGCAUGCGUGGGUAAUGAAGUUGUCUGUUUCUGUUUUCCCAUGUUGGUGGAUGCUUGGCAGGAAAUCUUUGACAAACAGAAAAGAUUUUGGUACUUUGGAAUAUCAGGAUCUGAGCAUCAUCAUCAUCAUUAUUAUUAUUAUUAUUAAUAUCUAUCUCAAUUGGCACUCCCGGAGUGGUUGGCGUUAGGAAGAGCACCCAGCUGUAGAAACUCUGCCAAAUCAGAUUGGAGCCUGGUGUCGCCUCCUGGUCCACCAGUCUUCAGUCAAAUCGUCCAACCCAUGCUAGCAUGGAAAGCAGACGUUAAAUGACGACGAUGAUGAUCUCAGUUGGCUAGAUCAUUGUGCUAAUAACACUAACGUUGUGGGUUCAAUCCUGAUACUGGCCAAUCAGAUUUAUUGUUGAAGGGCUAACUAGCAGAAUCUUUAGAGCAUCGGACAAA